CCAGCCCUUCCUUAAAGUAAUUGAAAACGUGUAAUAUUUCUUUCUUUUUUUCUUUUGGUAGUACUGGGGCUUAAGCUCAGGGCCUUGUGCUUGCCAGGGCUGGCCUCAGACUAUGAACCUCCUACCUAGGGUCUCCUGAAGGGCUGAGAUUGUAGGCUGGUAUCACCAUGCCUAGAAAACUUGUCUCAAUAUUGAAGCAGCUCAAAAAUAUCUUUAUGUUGGGGAGUGUGAAAACGGGCCAGUAGGAUUGCACACCGUGAGAAUUUGAUAAGAAAACGGCUAUGAAAUCCCAGCCGGGAUCCUGCAGCCUCACGGAGCCGCCGCCAGAGGGAGGCAGAACGCCAGCAACGCCGGGAGACGUCGCGCACGCGCACUCCCGGAGACGCCGCGCCCGCCCACGUGCGCGUCACUUCCGGCGCGGGGGGCCGGGCCGGCCGGGCGGGAGUGCGGGUCGGUUCUGUGCGUGCUGCCAGACGAGGUUCCAGCCGCCGAUUGACCCGCGCUCCGCCCUGCGCCGGUGAGUGCCGGGACCCUAGUGGCUAAUGUCAGAAGAAAGUGACUCUCUGAGAACCAGCCCCUCUGCGGCAUCGCUCUCCGAGAAUGAGCUGCCGCCACCGGCCGAGCCUCCUGGCUACGUGUGCUCACUGACCGAAGAGCUGGUCCUCAAAGCUCGGGAGGAGCUGCAGGAGAAGCCCGAGUGGAGACUCCGGGAUGUCCAGGCCCUCCGCGACAUGGUGCGCAAGGAGUACCCCAACCUGAGCACGUCCCUGGACGACGCCUUCCUGCUGCGCUUCCUCCGGGCCCGCAAGUUUGACUAUGACCGCGCUCUGCAGCUGCUGGUCAACUACCACAGCUGCAGGCGAAGCUGGCCCGAGGUCUUCAGUAACCUGAGGCCCUCGGCCCUCAAAGAUGUCCUCGGCUCCGGGUUCCUCACCGUGCUGCCCUGCACGGACCCCAGGGGCUGCCACAUCCUCUGCAUCCGCCCAGACAGGUGGAUACCAAGCAACUAUCCAUUUACUGAAAACAUUCGGGCCAUAUACUUGACGUUAGAAAAACUCAUUCAGUCCGAAGAAACCCAGGUGAAUGGAAUUGUCAUUCUCACAGACUACAAAGGAGUGAGCUUAUCAAAAGCAUCUCAUUUUGGCCCUUUUAUAGCCAAAAAGGUGAUUGGCAUCCUCCAGGAUGGUUUCCCCAUUCGGAUCAAAGCAGUCCAUGUAGUAAAUGAGCCUCGAAUAUUUAAAGGCAUUUUUGCCAUCAUUAAGCCAUUCCUAAAGGAGAAAAUAGCCAACAGAUUCUUCCUCCACGGGUCUGACCUGAACUCUCUCCAUACAAACCUCCCAAGAAACAUUCUCCCCAAGGAAUAUGGGGGCACAGCUGGAGAGCUGGACACUGCCACCUGGAACGCAGUGCUGCUGGCCUCAGAGGAUGACUUUGUGAAAGAGUUCUGCCAGCCUGUCCCUGCCUGCGACAGCAUCCUGGGCCAGGCGCUGCUGCAGGAGGGGCUGACCUCAGAUGCACAGUGUGAUGACUCCAUGCGGGCUGUCAAGUCCCAGCUCUACUCUUGCUAUUAGCCAGUCCCCC